CUUCCUGAGACUGGCAUGCAUCCCAAUCAGUUCUGGAGCUGUGAGUCAGACACAGCUUCAACCUUAGUGGCCCGUAUGAUUUGGAGGCUGAGGAAAGAGAGUUUGUUGUGCUGCUUUGCACGGUUAAGCGCAUUGCGAGUGAACAUGGACACCACAUUCGCGUUUGUAGACAUGCGGCCUGACCCACUGAAGGGAAUUUCCCUGGACAGUAUGUUUCGUGCAUGCAAGUCUUGGAGGUGUGUUCAGGUUUCGCAGCAGUUUGCAGGUGGAACAAGAGAGUUUCAGAAAGAUUCAGAAAGUGUAUAGUUGUUUGAGACUGUGAGCUCAAAGCCAAUCCGUGUCCAAAAGUAAGGCUCCCAGCUGAAUCACUAGGGGCCGUAUAGAGGGAAACAGAAACUCAGCAAGCCUGAGUACUUGGGCAGGAUGGAUAUCGAGCCUCCUUUGCCGGAGCCUUUGACACCACCUUCAGAGCCGAGGUUCAGCACCUACUCUCGAGAAUUUUUGGAUCGCCGAAGAGAUCGAGGUGAUCGAGGUGACCGUCAUGACAGGCCACACCGUGCUCCUUUGGGCGAUCCAAGGGAAAGAGGUAGCAAGACCUUGAGCAUGGUCCUUCGCCAUCGGCAACUUCCUGCGAUGCGGAAAGAUGGCUUUAUCCCAUGGGAGGCAGUGCUGCAGUGUGAUGAGCUUCAGGGCCGCUAUUGCAGCAAGGACUUGGUUGAAGUGAUCGAGUGGUCUCACAAUAAGGACAAGCAGCGCCGCUUUGAGAUGGCCUUAAACCUUGAUGACAAGGGAGGCAUAUGGGUGAGAGCUACAGGCAGGCAUACCAAUGGAUGUGAUGCAAGUCAGCUUCCAGAUGGUGUCACGGAGGCGACACGCUCGGAGUCUGACCAGAACGCAAUGGAAGCAGCGAGGAGGUACUCAGGGCCUGGCUCUGUCCGAGAGCAUCGUGAACGGGGUUAUCCCAGGCACGACUUCGGUCGGGGACCUCCACGACCCGUGGCCCGGCCGUUGGACGCGGCGCCCCCGAAGCCGCCCGUGGGCGUUCCUGUCGCUCCCGCUCCGAACGGUCCCACAGAACUGCCUACCAUUCGAAAAGUGAUCUCCACGCAAUUGGCGCCUCCCAUCCUGGAAGAACCCAUCCGAGAGGAGCCCGUGAGACAAGGUUCAGACCAGUCAACUUGUGCGUCUAUCACCGAAGUGGAGGACAACCGGAUUGUCAUUCGUUUGAGAUACCCCUCAUGCUCGAUGGAGGAAAAACAUUUCACCCUUGCUUGAUUGUGGUGUUCUUUUUGGGUGAUUGUGGUGGCCUCCUGACAUAGUGCUGCAGGGUCAGUUCGCAAUGUCGACAUUGCAAGGGAGUGGAGGAAUGGUUGACGGUUGCCCAAAAUCAGAGUCCAGGCCGAAAAGCAUCGGGCAAGUCUAAAGUAUUCGUUGCCAGGUUGAGCCCAAGCAAAAGGGCAACAAGGUUGACCGGAAGCUGGCCGAGGUGCAGUCUCCUGCAAGCGCAUCUUCUGAGGAGCCAGGCAAUGAGGCUGCCGAAGUAUCCAAGGAGACACCGAAGGAGGCGAAGCCCAAGGGGUCCUGGGGAGCCUUAAACGGAAGUGAGGCCCUUGCAUGAAUCCCAAACGUGCAACCCUUACAUCGCUUGCGGCUGGCUCAAUAUUUUAAAUCCACGGGCAAAGGUAUCUCCACACGGACACAUCAGUGCAUGUCACAAACAGAACAAAACUGCCAGGCCAGCUCACCUGGCGGCGCGGGCUUCAGGGGAAAGGAGCAAUCGUUUUUUUGGCCACGUCAGUAUGAGGAAGAUUCCGGAAAACGUUGGAAAAACACUCAAACACGUGUGUUCAAUGAAAUUGAAUUAGUUAUGAGUCGAAACAUGUGUGCUGAUUGAUCUUCCUUUGCGCAUACCAGACGUGAUCGCUCAGACUGUGAUCAUCCAUUCAGACUUAUCCGACUUGCUUCUGAUGUCAAACCAGGCCGGAGUGGGACGUGUUCAAUUGGGGAAGACAGCAAGGGCGAGCAAAGUGCCGUGCCUGCAGAGACCAAAAGCAGUUUGUUUCAAUGGCCUGCGAACGUCGUAGGCAUAGGCAAAGCCAGGCAAUGCUUUGACGGAGAGGCUUGGAGCCAGGAGCAUCCGGAUGACAAAAACCACUAUAUCACCUUCGACGAGGAGGACUUGAUUGCUCGACUACCACAUGCCCAGGAUCAAGCUGAAGAGUGCAAGGAGGAAUGCCUGCGCUGGGCAUUCGGGCUUAAGCAAGGUGCUCAUUCCCAGAACCUGCAGAUCCUGCCUUUUGUGAUGUAUGAUGAGGCACUGAUGUGCAAGGAUGGUAUCCUCAAAUCUUUGUAGACUUCGACGGCGAGUGAGGGGCCCGAGGAAUACGCCGAGGGCAGCAUAUUCCUGGCGGUGCAGGAAGUGCCAAAGCAGGAUUCAUUUGUCAUGCAAAGGGGCCUAAGCAGAGCGCUGGUC